AUGCCAGUGCUAGCUGUAUUAAAAGGCAAUGAUAUGGAUGCUUAUCCUGUACAACAAAUGAACACAGCUAUAGGCAUCGAUUCAUCUUGUGAUCUUAAUUUGAGAAAAAUUGCACCGCUUUGUCGAGCAAUCGCUGGACGUCAUGCUAUGUUACUGUUCAAUAAAGUAACUCGAAGAUUUGAGCUCGUUCUGAAGCAUGGCAAUUGUUUUCGUGUCGAUGGAAUAACAUACAAAAAUAGUGAUGAUAGUGUCAAGAAUAUUCUUCUUUGUACAUGCACAGGCUCCAGCAGCGUGAAUUACAGACAUGAAAUUGCGUACUUGCAUCACGGAAGUAUUAUUGAUAUCGGUUGUGCACGACUGAUCUUUGCAUCUUUCUUUUAA